AUGCUGGCAUAUCAGACUGUAAAAUCAAGGUUUAAGACUGCUUAUGGACGCAUGAAGAAUGUGCGCUACCUUCAAGUAGCGAUUGUUGGUGGAGGACCAGCUGGCUUUUAUACAGCAUCGCAACUGCUUAAAUCCAGUCAUGUCAAAGUGGACAUGUAUGAACAGCUUCCUGUGCCAUUUGGCUUGGUUCGAUAUGGCGUUGCUCCGGAUCAUCCUGAAGUCAAAAAUGUUAUCUCAAAAUUCACCAGUGUUGCCGAGCUGUCUAGAUUUAAUUUUAUGGGAAAUGUAACAGUUGGCACAGAUAUCAGUCUCGAUUCACUCAAGUCGGCAUACGAUGCGGUGGUGUUGUCUUAUGGAUCGACUGGAGAGCAUAAACUAGGAAUAGAAGGAAAGAUUGGACCAUCAUCCAACCUUUUUACAUCCCAAGAGUUUGUUGGAUGGUAUAAUGGUCAUCCUAAACACGCUAAUCUCAAGGUGGAUCUUUCAUCAACCGACACGGCAAUUGUAGUUGGUCAAGGCAAUGUAGCACUUGAUGUUGCUCGCAUUCUGUUAUCGCCUAUUGACAAGCUUGCGCAAACCGAUAUUACUCAGCAUGCUAUUGAGGUAUUGUCAUCAAGUCGUAUUCGACAUGUUCAUGUGGUGGGUCGUCGCGGACCUGUGCAUGUGUCGUUUACUUCCAAGGAGUUUAGAGAGUUGGUUGCACUCUGCAAUACGUAUCUUGAACUAGAUCAUACUUGGCUUGAAACUCAACUGACUUUGUAUGCUGAUGUUUUGAGAACUGAUCGAGCAAGGCGGAGACUCAUGGAGCUGCUGGUCAAUGCGUCCAAAAAAAAGCCCAUUACUACGGAUCGUGAAUCUGACAAGAAACAAGUCUUUCUCGACUUUUUGCUUUCGCCCUACACAUUGCUGACUCAUCCAGAAACAAAUACAGUCACUGGAAUCGAGUUUCAAAAAAACACUCUUGUAGGAAAAGGGCUUGAUCAACGUGCAGUAGGACUUGACACGUUUCAUCAGAUCCCAGCAGGGUUAGUUGUCUCCAGCAUUGGAUUCAAAAAUGAACCUUUUAUGGGAUCUCCAUUUGAUAGCAAACAGCGUAUUAUUCCCAACAUUCGUGGACGUGUCAAAGAUGAACAUGCACUGUAUUCCUCUGGUUGGAUUAAAACUGGACCAAAGGGUGUGAUUGCAUCUACAAUGUAUGACGCAUACGAAACUGCCGAAAGAAUUCGCACCACCACAUUCCAAGACUGGCUUAAACUGGAUGACAUCGAAAUCACACGUGGCCAUCUGGCAUCAAAAAAGCGGGAAAAGAUUGUCACUGUAGAUGAUAUGUUUUCUGCUUUAUUAAAAAUCUCGUAA